AUGGCGGCCGACGGCGGCCUCGACGUGGCGGCGGUGGAAAGUUUCCUGGACAGGCACCCCGAACUGGUGGAGAGGUGGCUGAAGAGGAGAAACUCGCUUCCCAAGGCGCCCGCCGGCGGACCGUCGGAGGAGCGGCGGGUCGGCGGCGGCUGGGGCGGCUCGGGCGGGCCCGGAGCCGGGGGGCUGCAGCGGAGGGCUUCCCAGAAAGAGCUGCGGAAGAGCUUCGCCCGCUCCAAGGCCAUCCACGUCAACCUCACCUACGACGAGCACGUGCACGCCCGGGCGCAGGAGCCGCUGAGCAGCGUGCGGCGCCGGGCACUGCUGCGGAAAGCCAGCUCCUUGCCCCCCACCACCGCGCACAUCCUCAGCGCCCUGCUGGAGUCCCGCGUCAGCCUGCCCCAAUACCCGCCCCCGGCCCUGGACUACAAGCGCUACCUCAAGGAGCAUAACGAACGGCAGUUCUUUCUGGAGCUGGUCAAGGACAUCUCCAACGACCUGGACCUCACCAGCCUCAGCUACAAGAUCCUCAUCUUCGUCUGCCUCAUGGUGGACGCCGACCGGGGCUCGCUCUUCCUGGUGGAGGGGGCGGCCGCCGGCAAGAAGAGCCUGGUCUCCAAGUUCUUCGACGUACAUGCCGGCACCCCGCUGCUGCCCUGCGGCUCCACCGAAAAUAGCAGCGAGGUGCAGGUGCCCUGGGGCAAGGGCAUCAUCGGCUACGUGGCGGAGCACGGAGAGACGGUCAACAUCCCCGACGCCUACCAGGAUCGUCGCUUUAAUGAUGAGAUUGACAAACUGACUGGAUACAAGACGAAGUCACUUCUGUGCAUGCCCAUAAGAAACAGUGAUGGAGAGGUUAUUGGUGUGGCACAAGCAAUAAAUAAGACUCCUGGAGGUGCCCCGUUUUCUGAUGAUGAUGAAAAAGUGAUGCAGAUGUACCUCCCAUUCUGUGGGAUUGCCAUUUCCAAUGCCCAGCUAUUUGCAGCCUCAAGGAAGGAAUAUGACAGAAGCAGGGCUUUACUGGAAGUAGUGAAUGACCUCUUUGAAGAACAGACUGACUUAGAGAAGAUUGUCAAGAAAAUAAUGCAUCGAGCCCAGACUCUACUCAAGUGUGAACGGUGUUCAGUAUUACUUCUGGAAGAUAUUGAAUCCCCUGUAGUGAAAUUUACAAAAUCCUUUGAGCUGCUAUCUCCAAAAUGCAGUGCUGAUACUGAAAACAGUUUCAAAGAAGGUGUGGAGAAAUCACCAUCUUACUCUGACUGGCUAAUAAAUAACAGCAUUGCUGAACUUGUAGCUUCCACGGGUCUCCCGGUGAAUAUCAGUGAUGCCUAUCAGGAUCCUCGCUUUGAUGCUGAAGCUGACCAGAUUUCUGGAUUUCACAUAAGGUCUGUUCUCUGUGUUCCUAUAUGGAAUAGCAACCACCAAAUAAUUGGGGUAGCUCAAGUGUUGAACAGACUCGAUGGGAAGCCCUUUGAUGAUGCUGACCAGCGACUGUUUGAGGCCUUUGUUAUUUUCUGUGGUCUGGGCAUCAACAACACAAUUAUGUACGACCAAGUGAAGAAAUCCUGGGCAAAACAGUCUGUGGCUCUUGAUGUUUUAUCUUAUCAUGCAACAUGUUCAAAGGCAGAAGUUGAUAAAUUUAAGACUGCAAACAUCCCUCUGGUGUCAGAGCUUGGCAUUGAUGACGUCCAUUUUGAUGACUUCUCACUCGAUGUGGAUGCCAUGAUUACUGCAGCCCUGCGGAUGUUCAUGGAACUUGGAAUGGUUCAGAAAUUUAAAAUUGACUACGAGACGCUGUGUAGGUGGCUUUUGACAGUUAGGAAGAAUUAUCGAAUGGUUUUGUAUCACAACUGGAGACAUGCUUUCAAUGUGUGCCAACUAAUGUUUGCCAUGUUAACUACAGCAGGAUUUCAAGAGAUUCUGACUGAAAUUGAAAUUUUAGCUUUGAUUGUGGGAUGCUUGUGUCACGACCUUGACCACAGGGGAACCAACAAUGCCUUCCAAGCCAAGAGCGGAUCAGCCUUAGCUCAGCUCUACGGCACCUCUGCUACCUUGGAGCACCACCAUUUCAAUCACGCUGUCAUGAUUCUCCAAAGUGAGGGUCACAACAUCUUUGCUAACUUGUCCUCUAAGGACUACAGUGACCUUAUGCAGCUUCUAAAGCAAUCGAUAUUGGCAACAGACCUCACUCUGUAUUUUGAGAGAAGGACGGAAUUCUUUGAACUUGUCAGUAAAGGUGGUUAUGAUUGGAAUGCUAAAAACCAUCGAGAAAUAUUUCGAUCAAUGCUAAUGACAGCCUGUGACCUUGGAGCUGUGACCAAACCGUGGGAGAUUUCAAGACAGGCAGCUGAGCUGGUAACCAGUGAGUUUUUUGAACAAGGAGAUAGAGAAAGAUCUGAACUGAAACUCAUUCCUUCAGCCAUUUUUGAUCGGAACAGGAAAGAUGAACUACCCAGGUUGCAGCUCGAGUGGAUUGAUAGCAUCUGCAUGCCAUUGUAUGAGUGUCUUGUGAAGCUGAACGUGAAACUGAAGCCUAUGCUGGACUCUGUGGCAGUAAAUAGAGGUAAAUGGGAGGAGUUGCACCAACAAAGACUUCCUUCUCAGGCAGCAUCCUCAUCCUCCUUUUCCUCUACCUUUACCAUGUCCCUCAAAGACAUAAAUUAAGCCUGCAAAUGUCAGUGUCGGUUUAUGAUAAAAGCUGUCUGAAAGGAUUUCAAAAGCUUUGGCACACCUUUUUUUUUUUUUAAAGAAGAAACAUUUUCACAGAUAUGCCUAAUUGAUCGGAUGGUAUCUUGAUGGCAGCCUGGUUUGCUAUUACUUCCCUUCUGAAGGGAAGGCCUGCAGCGAGAUUACACUGGUUUCCAA